AAGAUGGAUCAACUGUGGAGAUGCACAAAGUGUCGUCAUAGUAUUGUACUCGAGGUUGUUUGAGUAUAGAAGUGAUUUAACCUGGCACUACGCCUCAUUCGAAGUCAAAUUCCAGAUGCAAGGUGUUGGGUUGCUCCCCUAUUCUUGAAUCGACUUGAGUUCUCGUCCGUUGUUUUGUGUCUUUGAAACUUGCGUAGGCCAAUCUCAGACUUGGAAGUUCUCGCCAGGGACCCUUGUCAAACGACUUACAUCGACUAUAACGACCGCAAACUCAAUCCACCCAAAAUUGCCAUCAUGGCACCCCUUCUAAACCUACCCGCCAUCCCCACCAGAACCUUGCCCACAGCAGUAUCCAAAAUCGUAUUCCGCCAAGCCACCACAACGGUCGUCGCAAGCGACGAAAGCUCCUCUUCCUCCAACCUCAGCGGCGGCGCCAUCGCGGGCAUCGUAAUCGGCUCCAUCAUCGGGUUCCUGCUGAUCCUGUGGAUAAUCCGCUCGUGCACCAACCUUCGCGAUCCGGAACAAUGGGGCAACACCUUCGGCAAGGAGAACACGGUGAUCGACUACUACGAGCCGCCGCGUCGACACCACUCUCGGUCGCCGCGUUCACGCUCGCGACACUCGCAUCACUCGCAUAGAGGGAGGAGGAGCACGUCGGUGGAGGUGAGGAAUGUGUCCAUGACAAGGCCGAUGUAUGUCCAGGAGACGUAUGCGAGGAGUCCGAGGGCGCCGCCGAGGGUUUACCAUACAAGGGAUUCGAGAGAUUCAAGACGGUCGAGCAGGGGGAGUGGACUAUAUUACGCGGCUGCAUAAGGCGGUAUAGCGAGUUGGGAACGAAGUUAUGUAUGUGCCAUGUAAUUUUUGAAGACUUACGAGGUUAAUGAUUAAAUGGCUUUAUACGUAAAGACCCCAUGUUUCGCUGGCUUGCGCCGAGCAUUUGUCGUUCUAGCAAUGGGGCUCUGCCGGAGCCCUGUCUUGACCAACUAAGUCGUGAUUAUAACUACUUCAUCGGGAUGUGUACAGUAGGAUUAUGAAGGAAAUGAACAUAUUUUAUGGAAUUCAUGGAUAGUAUCCAGGGCCUGUAGAGUGUAU